AUGCUACUCGAGGGGCACACCAAAGGCGACCGUGUUCUUCUUCGAUGGAAGCAGCACAAAACUCCAGUGCGAGAAGCUACCUGGGCGGCGAAACACGAGAACAUCUUUAGUACCGCGGACGAAGCAGGCUGGAUGCGUACGUGGGACUUACGAGAUCCUUUCAAUCCAGUGGUUGCGGUGCGUGCUCACCUAGACCCAUUGGAGUCACUGGCCUAUCAUCCUUAUGAUGAAUUUUGUCUUGCAACUAGUUCGUGCGAUAACACCGCGGUUGUACGCGUCGACUGGAGUCCCAACCAUCCAAGUGUCUUGGUUACGUCGGCAGAAGAUCACAGGCUCAUGCUUUGGGACGUGAAAAGGAUUGGAGAAGAACAGAGCGCCGAGGAUGCUGAAGACGGACCACCUGAGCUCCUUUUCAUCCACGGUGGACACUGGGACAUAGUCCACGACUUCUCCUGGGACGCCACCACCAAUCUCAUCACCAGUGUCGGAGAAGACCACACUGUCCAGAUCUGGAGGAUGGCAGAACAUAUUGAGUGCACUAUCAGGGACUCCUCCAUUGCUUCCCCUUCGGGAUGUAAUCAUGGAGAGCAGGGGUCUCCAUGAUCACAAACGAGCAAUAGAGAUGUUACUA